ACCUACCUGGGUAAAAGCGGAUCUUUUGACAGAUAGAUGAUUAGAUCAUUCAAACUUAAAACGAACCAGAACUGUCACAAGUGACUUUCAAUUUACUUGUUUUGUGGGACUUCUCAACAACAACAAAUCAAGCAAAUCGCCAAAUAAGAGGCGCAAUACGGAGUUGGCUGACCAUUUAUUGGGGACUUUCGCAGGCAGCUUAAUCAAGGUUACUAUGAACGUCAGCCAAUGUCUUUUUUUCCCCGUUCGAAAGUUUCCGAUUUCCCGAGAUAUCGUGGCAUCAAGUGCGGUUGCCAUUGGUUUAAACAUCAUUAUGGCCGUCAUUGCAUCGAUUGGAAAUACCCUUGUUAUUCUUGCAMUCUKUAGAACAAGAGAACUACGAACUAACAGCAAUACUCUUAUUCUAUUCCUUGCUGUGACUGACCAGUUAGUCGGUGUUCUGGUCCAGCCUUUAUUUAUAACAUUUGAACUGAUAACUAUUUUGAAAAUGGAAACAAAUUGCAACGUUGUGGUCGUGUUUACGUUAACUCGUGCUUUGUGUACUAUUUUAUCUCUUACCACAAUUCUUUUGAUUAGCCUGGAACGAUCCCUAGUCAUUUUUAARCCCUUGAAAUACUCGUCCAUGGUUUCGAAACGUCGAAUGAUAAUCUUGGUGUGUUUUGUUUGGAUAUUUUGGGCGCUGUUAGUUUCAAGCCGACUGUUUGGUAUGGAGACCAAAUCCUUCAGAAUCUUGGUGAGCUCUGUGAUWAUAAUUUGCCAUGUUUCAACAGGAAUUGCGUACAUACGAAUUCAAAGACUUGCCUCAAAGCAUCUUCAAAAUAUUAAAGCUCAGUUUAGGAGUACAGAUAAUCGAAAUGGUCUUGCAAGGCACUUGACUGAAAAUAAGGCAAUAAGGACGACAAUGAUUAUAACUGGAUGUAUUUUCUUGUGCUAYACACCAUUGAUAGUUGUUUUGGUAACCAAUAUUGCAAUGGGCCCGUCUUUAAGCGUUUCUAUUUCACAUGUAACGUUCACGUGGUCUGAUACAAUGGUUUUUAUGAAUAGUGCAUUAAACCCUUUGAUUUACUGUUUGAGAAAUGCAGAAUUUCGUCGUGGAAUUAAAAAGGUUUUGAGAAUACAACAAGAUUCUCUCGAAGAUAAUUUGGAUCGAAACAUAAGUAGAUCAACAACUCUAGAAACUGCAGUAUCGCACAUUAAUUUAUCUAAUCCGGUGUUGCUGAGACUCAAGUACCUCAACAAUGAUAACACUACUCUUAAAUAGAUAUAGAUUCUGAAGCAAUUGCGAAUUGUGGAAAUAUGCCAAUAAAAAGUUUCGUU